GCGUUUGGUUUCGCGGGGGGGCAUGCGCAGUGCGUUCUUGCGUCGCGCGUCACGUGACCCGGAGGGCGCUGGCUGAUCAGAUAAAGUUGCCUUGCGGCGCUGUGCAUUGUGGGACUUGUGUCCGCUCUCCGCCUCUGCGGGAUCAUUGUCAGGUCCUCCUGGGCGCAACUUGCCCCGAAAACUUCCCUUUCAGCCCCUCCAGCUUGGCCUGCCUUCCAGAGGGCGACUGAAAUCCAAAAUCCGCCCGGCUGCAAGGUAGAAGGCAUUCUGCUGGGAAAGAGACGUUUUGUGUGUGUCCCUCACCACGCCAGUGUCUGAGAGUUUGAGCGGUGGGGUUGCUAUCGAGAAAGUAGAGGGCAAGCAUUUACAUCCGGAAAUGAGCGAGGAGAGCCAGGACCUGACUGACAAUGACCACUGCCUGAGUGAGGAAAAGCCUGACGACGUCCUUGUGGACAUCCCAGCCUCCGAGUGCGUCAAGACUGUGCGAAGGGGCAGACCUGCCGGAGAUGGCCCAAUGCCCUGCACGCUGUGCGGGAAGGUGUUCCCCUACGAGUCCAUGCUGCGGCGCCACUGGCUGGCCCACACCGAGGCCCGGCCCUUCAUCUGCGGCAUCUGCGGCAGGGCCUACAAGAGCAACCAGGACUGCACGCGGCACCAGCGGAUCCACACCGAGGAGAAGAGCGUGGCCUGCCCCGAGUGCGGCCGGGCCUUCACCCACUUCUCGCACCUGCAGGCGCACCGGAGGAUCCACACCGGGGAGAAGCCCUUCUCCUGCCCCGUCUGCGGGAAGUGCUUCACCCAGUCGUCGCAGGUCCAGAGGCACCGGCGGAUUCACACGAAGGAGAGGCGCUUCACCUGCUCCGACUGCGGCGAGGUUUUCACCCGUUCCAACAACCUGCAGAUGCACCGCCGGGUCCACGCUAAGGAGACCAGCGUCGCCUGACGCCGCCGGUGUGGCGACUUAUCCGCCCUCCCUUCGCACCGGCUGGCGCGCCCACACCUGCGACCCACACUUCUCCCGCGAGGCCCUCACCGUCUCCUCCCAGCUCCUGAACGCACCUGGCCUGCCUCAUCUGCAGGUAGGGCUUCACUGGGUCGCCCCGGUUCUGGACCCAACGGCGUAGAAACAUUCUGAAUGACAAGACCGUGGGAGGGCCUGCACUCCCGUCCCCUCACCGGGUAGGGUGGACAUGACUUUUAUUCUGUGUGGGGGGGGGAGUUGGGAGGUGCCUCCCUCCACCCUCAGGUCUGUAUCUGUGUGUUUGCGGAGUUUCAGCGCUCCGCCUGUGAGUUUCCCCUUGGGAGAGGUAAACCGCUCCCCCCCACCCCCAAUCGUGGUGGAUGGACAGGGGUAGAAUCUGAGGGGGUGGGGGCUGCAAAUGCAUGUGCGGACAUUUGCCUCUGCUGGAGAACUCAGUGAGGUGGGACCUGUGAUAGUGUGGUUGCCCCGCGGUGUGGUACUGAGGCCCAGUUCCUUCAGUCUGCACAGUGUCCAUAUCACCCUGUUCCAUGUUUGGCAAUUUCACGGCCUUUUAAAGUCUUCUGUUGUAUCUACCUCCACCACUACCCCUGGCACCCAUGACUAAACACACCAACUUGCCCCACACACCUCAUUUGAAGUUACCCCCUCUCACUUUAACCCCAUGACCCCUGGUGUUAUACAUUUCACCCUGAGGGGGGGGGGGGAGAUUGCAGUGAUCUACUCCAUCUGUGCUUCUCUUGAUCUUAUAAAUCUCAAUCGAGUCUCACUUUGGACAAAUAUCCAUCAGUGUCUCUCACAAUCUUAUAAACCUCAAUCUCAUCUCCCUUCAGUCUCCGCUGCUCCAAAGAAUGUACCCCAGGCUUUUCCAACCUCGGCCCCUCCAAUCCCUGCAGCCUUUGCAAGGGCCCCACGUUCCCCCUGCGAUGGGGUGAAAGGCCACACACACACACACACACACACACACACACACACACACACACACACACACACACACACACACACACACACACACACACACACUCACACUCUCACACUCUCACACUCUCA